AUGAUCGCCAAAUCAACCCCACCGCUCAUCCUCAUCCCGGUCAACCUCGCCGACGGCAAAGAAUAUACCGAGUUCCAACGCCAACGCACAAUCUGCGGCUGGAGCUUCUCCGACGAAACGCUCGCCUUCUAUCGCGAAAAGCAAGAACAGAAAUUGAAAUCCCUGUUUUGGAUCACGAUCCCCGAUCCCGACGCUCCUUCGAUGGUCGUCACCACCUCAGCGUGUGGAACUACAGAGUCGGAGCCCACAGAAACAGAAGCAUAUUCCACCCUCCGGGCAGGGCACAUCUCACUAGACGCCUAUAACGACCCCCCGCAUGACCUGGAUCUAGCCGCAGCGGAUAAAUCCACCCUCGCGAUUCAGAAUUUCUUUCUUCUGCCCGAGUACCGCAAGCUUGGGCUGGGCCAUGCGGCGAUGGAUCGGCUUGAGAGUCUAGCGCGAACAGAGCCGUAUGGGAGUCCGAAUUGCCAGUUCCUGGCGCUGAGUACCCUCUCCAAGAGGUAUAUAUAUCAGGAGGGUCCGGAGUGGAGGGAUCUGUGGGCGAAGUUUGGGAUGGAGGUUCCGGAGUUCAGUGCGCAUGCGUGGUAUGAGACGAGAGGGUAUGAGUUGUUCAAGGAGGAGCCGAGGUAUCCGAUUACGAGUGAAGAUGGGAAAAUUGAGGUGAAGUUGGUGUUGGCGUUUUUGAGGAAGAGGGUUGUUUGA